UAAAUUUUUUUUCCGGUUCCGUUCACUCCUUCCGGUCACCAUGGCGACCGGGCGCCUUAGUGUCGGGGAGACGUUGGGAGCCCUCAACGCGGCCCUGGGGCCAGGAGGUCCGGUGUGGAUCAAGGAGACGCGCACCCGCCACCUGCGUUCCCGAGACUUCCUGGCGCCGCACCGCGCGCUGCAAGUGCGCUUCAAUGACGGGCAGGUUCCCGAGCAUGUGCUCCAUGCCCUCGCCUGCCUGCAGGGCCCCGGUGUGGCCCCGGUGCUGCGCUGCGCGCCGACCCCAGUGGGUCUGUCGCUCCAACUGCAGCGUCCCGCCGUCUUCGAGCGCGUCCUCAGCGCCGUGGCUGCUUAUACCUCGCCCGCCUCACCCGCCUCACCCGGCCAGCGCGUCUUGCUACACUGCCCAGCACUGCGCAGCUCCCAUUGCGCACUCCGCUUGAGCCAGCUGCGUACGGUGCUCGUGGCCGAUCACCUGGCACGAGCUCUGCGCGCUCACGGGGUAUGCGUGCGCCUAGUGCCAGCUGUGCGGGAUCCGCACAUGCUGACCUUCCUGCAGCAACUGCGGGUGGACUGGCCCGCUGCCUCGGAGAGAGCUUCCUCCCAUACUCUGAGGAGUCACGCACUUGCAGAACUUACCUCUUCUUAUGACGGGAGGGCACUGUCCCCUGGCAUCUUAGGCAGACUGUGUCUGAAGGAGCUGAUGGAAGAACAGGGCUGCACAGCUGGCUAUGACCCCAACCUGGACAACUGUCUGGUGACUGAGGAUCUCCUCUCUGCACUGGCUGAGCUGCAGGAGGCUCUAUGGCAUUGGCCUGAGGACAGCCACCCAGGCCUGGCUGGGGUCCCAGAUACUGGUACAGACAGUUGCCUGGUUAUACACGUGGUUAGCUGUGAAGAGGAGUUCCAGCAACAGAAGUUGGACCUGCUUUGGUGGAAGUUGGUUGACAAGGCUCCACUCAGACAGAAGCACCUGGUCUGUGGCCCAGUGAAAGUAGCUGGUGCACCUGGCACUCUGAUGACUGCCCCUGAGUACUACGAGUUCCGGCAUGCCCAGGUGUGCAAGGCCUCAGCACUGAAGCAUGGUGGGGAUCUGGCACAAGACCCAGCCUGGACAGAGAUCUUCAGUGUUCUCUCUGUGGCCACCAUCAAGUUUGAGAUGCUGGGCACAGCCCCACAGAGUCAGAUCCUCCUGGCUCUGGCUGACAGCAACAUCUCCACGAAGGGUACAAAGAGUGGCACCUUUGUCAUGUAUAAUUGUGCCCGUCUUGCCACACUCUUUGAGAGUUACAAGUGCAGUAUGGAACAAGGUCUGUACCCCACUUUUCCUCCUGUGAGCAGUCUGGACUUCUCACUGCUACAUGAUGAGUAUCCUACCCUUUCCGGAUCUGCUGAGCCAGACAGCAGUGCUGGACUGCACAGCCCCAGGGCUCCACAUCGCUGCACGCACAGAGAUGAUGUGCAAGUUCCUGGUACAGCUCAGCAUGGAUUUCAGCUCCUACUACAACCGGGUACACAUCCUAGGGGUGAGCACACAGCAACUAAUGGGGUGGGAAGUGCAGAGGGGUAUAGGGUAAAUGCAAACGAAGCAGAGGCUGAGACCAGCAGGCCCCUUCUCCUUCAGGAGCCUCGACCACACCUCUUUGGUCAGAUGUUCGUCCGCCUGCAGCUUCUGAGGGCUGUGCGUGAGGUGCUCCACACUGGCCUGGCUAUACUGGGUCUCCCUCCACUGAGCCAUAUCUAAGGCCACAGAGGCUUCAAUAUUUGGGAGUGUUCACAAAGUCAUC